AUGGCGUCAAGCACACCUGCAGCGGGUGAUCCUAUUCCUCCUUCUGAUGAAGAAGCGAGCAGCUAUUUCUUGGGUCUCCCCAGCCAGCCCCGUCUCAUUGCACGCACCGACGCAGUGGUCUCACCGUGGACACGGCCACUGUACCGUACCCUUUGCCCAGUCACUGACCCCGACCUCAUCGGAAAAUGGAAGUCGACUCGCGAGUCCAUGUACGAAGCAAUCCAAAGCACACUCGCUGCUCAUUCUAUCCAGUGGUCCACUUUUCUACCGCUUGCUAUCGACGCUGUACCGUUCGAAGAUAGGAGCUGGGGCGCGAAACCGUAUCCCGGACCCAUGCCGGAGCACCAAGUCGGCCACUUUCUCGUGGUUGGCGUGCAGCCUGGGACAUGCACCUGGACCGACGGCAUUGCUACCGCGACAGCCUGUCGCAGUAUUCUGAUGGACCAUCUGGGCUCGGGGACAUGCGUGUCCUCGUCUGCGAGCUUUCUGUCUUUGGCUUAA